AAAGAAAUAAAUAGAAAAUUAAGCCUGUAAAAAACUUAAUUUGAUAAAUAAUAGAAAAAAGUUUUAAAAAACCACAAAUUCUAAAGUGGGGAACUCCCCGCUUUAUAUCUCCGCCACACUUUUCCCCCCCAAUUUCCGCAUACCCUCCAUUCCUGCCCCGAUCACUUCAUUUUCUUUCUCCCGCAAUCAACCGCCGUUUUUCGUCUCUUUCCCCAGAAAAAAAAAAACAAUUACAAGUUACGAAAAAAACAUGAGAGAAAUCCUUCACAUCCAGGGCGGGCAGUGCGGCAACCAGAUCGGGGCCAAAUUCUGGGAGGUGAUCUGCGACGAGCACGGCAUCGACCACACCGGCAAGUACAGCGGCGACUCCGAGCUCCAGCUCGAGCGCGUCAAUGUCUACUACAACGAGGCCAGCGGCGGCAGGUACGUCCCCCGUGCCGUCCUCAUGGAUCUGGAGCCCGGCACCAUGGACUCCGUUCGAUCCGGUCCUUUCGGCCAGAUCUUCAGGCCCGACAACUUCGUCUUCGGCCAGUCCGGCGCCGGCAACAACUGGGCCAAAGGCCAUUACACCGAAGGCGCCGAGCUCAUCGACUCCGUUCUUGACGUCGUCAGGAAGGAGGCCGAGAAUUGCGAUUGCCUCCAAGGAUUUCAAGUUUGUCAUUCAUUGGGGGGAGGCACGGGUUCUGGGAUGGGAACGCUUCUCAUCUCCAAGAUCAGGGAAGAAUACCCUGAUCGGAUGAUGCUGACCUUCUCCGUCUUCCCGUCUCCCAAGGUUUCCGAUACAGUUGUCGAGCCAUACAAUGCGACGCUCUCCGUUCAUCAGCUCGUGGAAAACGCCGACGAGUGUAUGGUUCUGGACAACGAGGCCCUUUAUGAUAUCUGCUUCCGUACCCUCAAGCUUGCUACCCCAACUUUCGGCGAUCUGAACCACUUAAUUUCUGCGACGAUGAGUGGUGUGACAUGCUGCCUUCGAUUCCCGGGACAGCUGAACUCUGACCUCAGGAAGCUCGCUGUGAACCUCAUCCCGUUUCCUCGCCUCCACUUCUUCAUGGUUGGGUUCGCCCCCUUGACCUCCAGAGGGUCGCAGCAGUACCGUGCAUUGACAGUCCCGGAGCUGACCCAGCAGAUGUGGGACGCCAAAAACAUGAUGUGCGCAGCCGAUCCGCGUCACGGCCGGUACCUCACUGCCUCGGCGAUGUUCCGCGGCAAGAUGAGCACCAAAGAAGUCGACGAACAGAUGAUCAAUGUCCAGAACAAGAACUCUUCAUACUUCGUCGAGUGGAUCCCGAACAACGUGAAGUCCAGCGUCUGCGACAUCCCGCCGAAAGGGCUGAAGAUGGCUUCCACGUUCGUCGGCAACUCGACCUCGAUCCAGGAGAUGUUCAGGCGUGUGAGCGAGCAGUUCACGGCUAUGUUCAGGCGCAAGGCUUUCUUGCACUGGUACACUGGCGAGGGGAUGGACGAGAUGGAGUUCACCGAGGCGGAGAGUAACAUGAACGACCUGGUUGCUGAGUACCAGCAGUACCAGGACGCGACGGCGGACGACGAGGAGUACGAGGAUGAGGAAGAGGAUGCGGCGUAAGUAAAGCUUCAGUAUGAUGAUUUCUGGCAAGUUGUUCUCUUUGGCUCUCUGGUUUGAGUUGAGUGAUGAUUGUUGUCCCGUUUUGUUGAUAACUGGGCCUGAUUUGGGUUCGCAUCAUGUGUGUAUGUAUAUUAUAUAUAUUUGUAUGUAAUUGUUUGAUGGAUUAUGCUUGUACUUGAUAUAUAGAGAUAUAUAUGGAUGAAUUGUGUAUCAGAAAGAUGUAUCUAAGCAACUACGCGCUGAUUAGAGGUGAUGCUGCAAUUUACAGAUGAUCCACAAUAUAAUAAGCUUUUCUGAUCCAACUGAAAAGUAGAGCAUAUGUAAAGGUUAAAAU